UUGCAGACAGCCCAAGAAACACAUUCUAAGCUCUGCUUACCGGAGCCCGGAGAGGUAGUUGGCACCGGAGCCCAGGUCUUCACGAAACUUGGCCACAACCUCGGUCACAUUGCCCUUGCUGGUCUGCAUCUGGCGUUGCGAGACAUCCCACAUAUUACGCACCAUCCCGUUGGCCGCGACUGCAUGCGGUGCCAAUGGCGGCAGACCAUCCGAACCGGUGCCGGUGGUGGUCUGACCGGCAAGUCCAGUCGCCGGUUGUCUGGUGUCCCUGAAGCCUCCCACUCCAGAAAUCCCCUGCCAACUACCGGUGGCUAUGCGGGAGCCGCUGCUUCCGAGACGCGAGAGAAGACCGUUGCUGGUCUCGGUAGAAUUGUGCAGACUGGCAGCCUCCGAGUCCAUGCUGUCCACAUCCUCGCCGGGCCAAAGGACGCGGACGAACUCGACGUACGUGAGUUGGGGUAUCUCAACUCUGGAUUUCGACAGGAGCCGUCAGCGAUGAAAGGGCCAGCAGGCCGGAACAGAAGAAAGAGAAUUCCGGUUAAGACUCAAAGUGUUUAG